AUGCUUGAUAAACAUCUUUACAAAAACAUUACCCUUGAUACUGAUAUGUAUUCUCCAAGGCAAAAAAUACUGUGGUUCGCUUUUAAUUCAAGACUUGUCAUAUUACUAAUACAGGCUAUCAGUAAUUUGUUAAUACCAGACCAUGAAGCAAAUGUAUUUACUAGUCCAAAAGAUCCAACAUUAAGGAGGAACAAAGCUGAUUCAGUUGUCGAUGGGCUAUUGGGUGGACUAAAGAGAUGGGAUGCACCAUAUUCUGAAUCAUUGUUUGCUUUCAUGUCAUUUUAUACUAUGUUAAAGUGUACAGAGCCUGAAACGUUGCGUUUUGCAAACAUAGAUAUGUUGGGUGCUCUACCAGCUGGAUUUUCAAUGAUAACAAGAUCUAAUGGGAAGUGCUGUGAGUCCGUGGUGUAA